CAUUUUCUAUCUUUUGAGGAUUAUGAGUUAGCAAAUAUUUGACUCUUUCCACAAGCUAGGUAAUUAAGCCAGGCGGGCAUGCUUGCAUGCAGGAGAUUUCUUGUCUUCGUUCUGUUAUAGCUGAGUUCGUAUUCUCAUCACUUUUCCUAUUAUUAACCCCCCACGACACCUGUAACAAACAGACUACCAUUAUAACCAUCUGUGCACCAAUUUUUCCUGUGCUUCUAUUUAUUGCAAACCCGUCUUUGAUCCCCGAUUUUAAGUUCCCAGACUCUUAACCCUUACUUUUCUAAAAUCUCCCUUCUGUUUCCCUUCUCCAAUGGGGUCUGGGAACUCGAAGCUCACCCCAGAAGGAGAGACAAUGCCCGCCAGAGUUCGUCCCGUUUUACACCGUUGGUUUGAGGAGAUAAGAAGACGUAGAAAUGCUAACAUGUCCAAGAAAGGACUACUUAAAGAUGCUGUGGAAGGGGAAGAAAGUUCUGGCCGGCCUCGUUAUCUACGUGACACAGAGAGAGAGAGCACAUCUCCAUUGCAUGAAACUACAGCAUCUUCAAAGGCAGCUAUGCCGACCGUGGAAGAGAAGUCUGAUGCGGCAGUAGUACCCAGGCCUUCGGUGUCCGACAAAACAAAUAAAGGGUCCAAGGAGCAUAAACAUGGUCCGAAGAUAUGUGGGAAACGGGACGUCAAAGGUGGUGGAGAAGAAAAACAAGAAAACAAGGUGGUUGAGAAGGCCGUGGUUGUAGAGGAAGUGGUUGCGGUUCAUGAGGAGGAUCAUCAUGAUCAGGAAACAACAGAGGAGGAGGAGGAGGAGGAGGAGGAAGAUGAUGAGCCAGGCACGUACAUUUGCCCCGGAUCGCCAAGUUUCAGAGUAUAUUGCGUCCACUCAACAGAUGAUGAGGAGGAGGAAGAGAGCAAGAAAGGCAGCAGGCACAAAAAUUCACCCAGCACUGGUGACAGUGUCGAGAGCAAUUUUAGCGAGGACCAGGAGAUGACGAGGACAAAGAAGAUCAAAGGAAACAAAGGAAGAAGAUUGAAGAGAGCAAUCCGUAAGAGCGGACCAGCUGUAAAGAAUCUAUUGCACGUGGCUACAUGUUACCACCCGGCUUGCUCUGGCCAGGAUAGAGCCCAUCUUCUUGAAGAAAAAGCACAAGCUGGCUAAAGCUAGGAAGAAGAGAACCAAUGCACAAGCUUUUUCAAUUUCCUCCAGCUUCUUAAUUUUUUUAGUUUCAAUGGCCUUUUCGUCUUUUAAUUAUUGUCAUCUUCAAUCGAAAGUAGUAUAUUUGAUAGUUUGAUGUGUCAACUAUUUGAAUGGCAGCCACUUUAACAUAUGCCUGCCACAUAAUUAAUAUGUAUGAUUAGAGAUGACAAAUUCACCAAUCUAGCCUUCUGAACCUCCUA